GGAAGCUGCGGCAGUCCGCGUGUUGCUAUCAUGGCAGUUCCUGGAAGAGAAUAUGUAGAGGGCACAUGGGGCACCUGGUUCGCCAAGGGGACUGCUGUUCCUCUGUGCCUGAGCCAUCCAGCCAAAGAAGUUCAGUAUGUUUUGGAAGACGCCAAGGCGAGCGUGCUGCUGACUACACCAGACCUUGCAGACCGAAUGGACCCCAUAGCCAGAGCUGCAGGCGCUCACCUGCAUGUCAUGCGGCAGGAAGAUGAUAACUUACCACAGGUGAACUUCACCUCGCAGGGCCUUGAGGAGCUUGCAGCAGACUGGUCAGAUAGAGAUGAUGCUUUAAUUGUCUACACCAGCGGAACCACUGGUCGGCCAAAAGGCGCGCUCCACACACAUGGCAACCUGUCGGCGCAGAUCAGGGCUCUGACAACUUCCUGGGAGUGGAGUGAGGAGGACAGGAUACUGCACACGCUGCCGCUGCACCAUGUGCACGGCAUCAUCAACGCUCUCUACUGCGCGCAUGCUUCCGGCGCCGCUGUCGAGUUCCUGCCCAAGUUCUCCCCGGGGGAAGUCUGGCAACGCCUCAUGUUGAUCACUUUUUGCGCCAACCUGCAGAGGGAGGAGGAUCCAGUCACGGUCUUCAUGGGCGUUCCCACCAUGUACUCCUACCUGCUGUCACACUAUGCCAGCAUGUCGCCGAGCGAGCAGGAAGCUGCGAGGAAGGCGGCAGCGCGGCUUCGCCUGACUGUCAGCGGCUCUGCUGCCUGCCCGCUGCCCGUCAUUCACCAGUGGCAUGAGCUCUCAGGUCAGUGGCUGCUGGAGCGAUAUGGCAUGACAGAGACAAACAUGAUGCUGUCCAACCUGUAUCGCGGCGAGCGGCGGCCAGGCAGCGUGGGUCUACCCUUGCCUGGGGUGGAGGUGCGAGCUCCGAACGAGUACCCCGAUGCUGUGGAGGGCCCGGGGGAGCUUCGCGCACGGGGGCCAAACAUCUUCAAAGAGUACAUAAAUAAGCCAGAAGCCACGGCAGAAGCUUUUGACGAGGACGGCUGGUUCAGGACGGGGGACACAGCGGUGCUGGAGGGCACGCCGCCGUACUGGCGCAUCCUGGGCCGAACGAGCGUGGACAUCAUAAAGAGCGGCGGCUACAAGGUGUCUGCGCUGGCUGUCGAGAAUGCACUGCUGGCGCACAGCCGCAUCCGAGAGUGUGCAGUGCUCGGCUUGCCGCAUGACUCCCUAGGGGAGGCUAUUGCGGUUGUGAUUGCAUGCGAAGGCGCCCCGGUGACGCUUGAGGAAAUAGAGACAUGGCUCAGAGAGAGGCUCCCGCCUUAUCAGAUCCCAAGGACCUUGAAGAUUGUAGAGAACAUCCCCAGGAAUGCCAUGGGAAAGAUAAACAAAAGGGAGUUGAGGCGUGAACUG